AUGUUUCGUUGUCGGAGGGCGAGGUUGAGGCUGCGUCAGAUGCUGGCAUCUGUGUUUGAGAAGUUCUACGACGCCGAGUCGGGACUGUGUUAUUAUUUGGACAAACGCACAGGCGAGACGACGUGGGAGAAACCUCGUGUACUUCGAGGCGAGGACGACAUCGAGUUGACGGCAGUGUACGAUGGGAAAGAGGACGACGCAUCUGCAGCUGAGCCGACAGAAGAGCAGAACAGUUACUCGACGCAAGAGUUGGCUCUGGCUCGGGAGCAAUUCGCACACUACGACACGGACUCGAGUGGGUCAAUCAACGCUACGAAGCUCCACAAACUAUUCACUAAUCUCGGUGAACAGCUUACGUUGAACAACGUACGUGAACUCAUCAAAGGGGUCGACACGGAUGGCAAUGGAAAGGUGGAGCUCGACGAGUUUCUCCACUUGCUUCGCAAGCAACAGGACAAGAAUCAGUACUCUGCGUCAUUGACAAUGGCGUUGCUCUUCGGGCCCAAGGAAUUGGCUAAACUUAAGCAGCAGUUUAUGAUCUUAGACUUGGACGGAAGUGGAGCCAUCGAUGAGCACGAACUGCAGCAACUAGUCAAGAAGCUGGGACGUCACGCUGAGGAGUUUGACUUGCCAGCCAUGCUGCGUGAGGUUGACGGCGACGGAAGCGGCUCAAUUGGCUUCAACGAGUUCCUACAGAUCGUGGCAAAUAUGACAAAGGGCGAUGGUAGUGGCGGCCCCAAGUCUGCCUUUGCUACUUUACUGGAUAUGGGCAUCGCUCAGGGACUUCUCAACGGACUGGACGAGGUGGUGCAGGCUUCACGCCAGAAACUCUACGAAUGGCUCAACUCGGACCUCGUGGCAGAGCAAAAGCGACUUCAAGCGAAGCGCGAGCGUCGACGACGUCAAGAAGAAGAGCGACAGCACCAACUAGCUAAAGAUCAAGAGCUGUACGCCAAGCACCAGGCUCAGCUCGCUGCUAUCGAGCGAGCUCGUCAUGCCCAAAUCGACGGCCUAGCGAUCGAAGUGGAGUUCGAAGGUGACAGUCAAAACUUCCCACUCGCAGGACAAUUCGCUCGAGUUCACUACGUCGCUAGCUUCGAAAAUACGGGGGAAAUCUUUGAGUCUACUCGCGUCCGAUGUGGCAGUGCACUCGAGUUCUGUGUGGGUGCCGGGCAUACAAUCCAGGGCUUUGACUUGGCCUUGCAACGCAUGAGUGUCGGAGAGACUGCUCGAGUUACCCUUGCUCCUGCGCUGGCCUAUGGUGUGAAAGGCCGACCACCUCGAAUUCCGCCUAAUGCUGCCCUUGUGUUCAGUAUCGAGCUCAUCAGCAUCAAGGAGAAGCUUCAAUCGCCGCUCGAAGUGGCGCCAAUCACACCUGUGCAACGAGUGCGAAACAGAUAA